AUGCAGUUCCCUGCCUACUACGCCACCGUCGCCAUUCUGGCAGGUCUCAUGUCCGCGCAGGUCGCGGCUCUGCCGACAUCCGGCACCGGCGCUGCGCUCGACGCCCGCAGCUGCGAGACCAAUCCCUACGGAUGCGGACAAAACGGCUAUGUCGACGAGAACGGCAAGGUCCAUACUACUCCAAGGAUUACAAGCAAGAGAGAUGAGGAAACGAACGAGGAGACGGCCGACGGCGCGGCCGAGCUUGACGCCCGCAGCUGCGAGACCAAUCCUUACGGAUGCGGACAAAACGGCUAUGUCGACGAGAACGGCAAGGUCCAUACUACUCCAAGGAUUACAAGCAAAAGAGAUGAGGAAACGACCGAGGAGACGGCCGACGGCGCGGCCGAGCUUGACGCUCGCAGCUGCGAAACAAACCCCGGCGAAUGUCCUCAACAACAUCGUGCCGGCGUUAACAAGGAAGUCAAUCCUACUACACCGCUCACCACCAAGGACCAUCCUAAUUCGGCAACAGAGCCUUCGGGGCAUAGCACAGGGCGUCGCGCGCUUGCUUUUUAA